AAAACCCAUCGCAUACGCAGCUUCCCUAUCACACACACACACACACACCCACACACAGAAAGAGAAAGAGCACAUCAGUUAAGGCAGGAUUCUGGUUAUCAUUUAUUAGCAUCUUUAUGUCAGGUCAAAGUGUGAACACCAGCAUGGAGGACAAACUGCUACAAACACCUGAACAGGAAAAUGUCCCAAAAAGACAGGUUUCACCGGCCCAUCCACGCAAAUUCGGGGUGACAAGGAAAUUGCGCGAUAGGAGGGAUUUUAAGGAAGACGAGAACCCAGAAGAGAAAACACGAAGACACAAGGAGCUGGAGCUGAAGCCUCUAUAUAGGGAGCUGUUGUACACCAUCGCCCAUAAGAUGGGUAAACCUUCGUCAACUGAGGUCUUCACUGAUAGCCAGCUUCAAGAAUACGUAAAGGAGGCUUUCAAUAUGACAGAUGCAGAGCACGACAGUCUGAAGGACAAAGUACAGAGUGCAGAGCCCCCAGUUUACUGCCUGAUGGCCACUGUAAAGGAAGGAAAGGAAAUCCUGGGAAAAGACGUCACUGGUUUCAGUGACCCAUACUGCAUGCUGACCAUACUGGAGGAUGAACAACAGCAUCGCACACGUCUGUCCAAAGCCAAACCCUGUAAAUCAGUGGUGAAGGACGCUACAUCGCAUGACAAAAUUUACGAGACAGACAUCAAGAAGCAGACCCUGAACCCUAUCUGGAACCAAACCUUCAUACUAGAGUUUGAAGAAAUCGAUGGGGCCAACUUCCACCUCGAGAUGUGGGACAAGGAUGAAGAUGUGUCCCUCUCUCAGAAAUUAGAGGAUAUCAAAUCUAACUUUAAUAGUCUAAAGAGAAUGAUCAAGGAUGCAAAAAAGGAGAAAGGCACAGAUGACUUCUUGGGAUGCAUUGUCCUAAAGCUACAGGAUCUCCACUGUACUGAAGACAACUGGUACAACCUGGAGCCCAGAACAGAUACGUACCCUGAUCGUGGCAAGUGCCACUUGAAUCUCAAGUUCAUCCAUAAACAGAGAGACGGAACGCUGAGUGCUGGUCGUAGCGCUUAUGUCAACUACUGUGGGAUCCUGCAGCAGUGUAUACAAGCUUACAUCUCCAAGACACAGAGUUCUGCUCCGUGGAAAGGAGAGUUGUGUGGGGAGGCUCAGACGCUCCUCGAGUUUUAUGCUACGCAGAAUAACCUCUCCCCCUUUCUUCAGGACCUGGCGAAGUGGGUGACGUACAGUAAGUUGUAUCAGAGCCUGGAGUUGGACUCGUCUAUGCUGCUCCAGCAGCUCACCAGUAUAGAGUACCACUGGCAUCAGCAGCAGCUGCCCUACCAGCAGAAACAGGAACUUGGAGACUCUCUUCAUGGUUUCCUGCAGUACGGACUCUGUCUGGUGGCCAAAUACAGAGACAUCUUCCCCCCAACACCCAGUGCUACUCCGAAACUACACACACUGCUCAGAAUCUUGGUCCAGAUCUGCAAGACUCAGGCGUUUCAGAAACUGAACCCGGCUCAGUUUGAGUUGCAUGAUGAGGUCAUCGAUGUCAUACAGAAGGGUACACAGGAGUGGUUUACCAUCCAGAAGGGUUUGCAUCAGCCAAUGACUAAGGACCUGUCAGAGAUUGUGGUUGGCCUCUCCAGAUUGAUCACGAAGGUGCAGGAGGACAUCAAACAUAACAAAGACGUCUGGAACAGGGUAUUUGUUAGUGUUGUGCAACUGGAUGUGUUCACUGUUAUCUAUCAGAGGUUGGACUCCCUGCUGGCAAAAGAAGUGAAGGAAACCUUGUCGCUGAUGGAUAAAAACAUGGAGCAGCUCCUGGCCAACAGUCUGUUCCCCAUUUACCUGAGCCUGCAGGCCAUCCACAAAGACAAGGCAUUCUUACAGAAAAGGGGAAUACUGGAGCUGACAAACUUUCACGAGGGCUUCAGAGACGCUCUGCCUUACUGGCUCAACCAGGCAUUCAGCAAAACUCAGGACAGGGUGGAGCGCGCUGUGCAGGUGGACCAGCUCGUGCCCCUCCAGGCUGGUUCAGUGCCAAUAAAACACAGUUCCUCAGCAGUGGACCUGGUGGCGUGUGUCCAGCCUAUCUGCCAGCUUUGGGAGCAGCUCUCCUGGCCUGACCCUGAGGAGGCCUUUAUGCUCAUGGUCAAGCUCACUGAGGAUGUGUGUAGGAUUGUCAUAAACUACUGUCGCAUCCUGAAGGAGCGGGUCAAGGUGCUGUCGAAGGACUCGGAUCAUGGCAGUGCUAUAAAUAUGUUGUGUGUGGUAGUGAACGACUUGGAGCACCUAAGGUCCGUCCUGACCAGACUUCCCACACAGCUGAACUGGGCAGGGCUUCGAGACCGCACGCAAAAUGUCAUCGGUAAAGGCCAGUUCCACAACACACUGCCCUCGCAGGUUGAGCAGGCACAGAGCUUCCUCAGCCGCGAGAUCCGCUCUGCUUUGGACACUCUCGGGAAAAAGCUGAAUACCGACAUUGAGACUCAUGUGAGAAACAUGUCAACCAGGCGUCGGAUUCCCUCCAAGUCCACAGAAGAUGCAGCCGCCCCUCUGAUGCGCUUUCUGGAACAAGAGCUGCACUACAUGAAUGAAUACCUGGUUCAAGAGAACUUCAACAGUCUUCUGACUCCACUUUGGAAUAACUCGUUGAAGAUCCUCGAGCACGUGGCUAGUCAGCAUCGACAACAGGAAGGGCUCAUGGUGUUCUGCCAGAGGCUGCUGUACACUCUACAGUGCCUAGAGCAGUGCUUCCAUGCCGAGGGAAAUGGACUCCCUCUGAAAUCACUUCACUCAGAUGAGUACAAGAUUCUCAAAGCUCAUCUGACUGAUAACUCUCUGAGCAGCCUGGAGCUCGUGCAGAAGUUCCACGAGAGGAAGAUAAGGGAGCAGAACGUGUACAGCGGAGAGAAAUACGGCGCAGUCACCCUCCUCACAUCCUACAGGAGAUCUGACCAGAGACUGAGAGUUGAGGUGUUGAACGCUGUCAACCUCGUACCACUGGACUCUAACGGUUUUAGUGAUCCAUUUGUGCAGCUGUGUCUGGAGCCUCACCACAUCUUUCCUAAGGUAGAGGUUCGCUGCACUCAGUUCAAAAGCUGUGACCUCAACCCUCUUUUUGACGAGGCCUUCGAAUUUCUGGUUUCCUUGGAUCAGUGCCUGUCUCAAGGGGCUUGCCUGCUGGUGACUGUUCUGGACCACGACACCUUGAGGUCGGACGACUUCGAAGGCGAGGCCUUCCUGGGACUCAAGGGCAUACCGGGAGUUGGAGGAGCAAGGGAGGGAGAUGGACUCAGCUCACGGCCCGACAGCCCCCCUGCUCAGAUACGUCUGCCACUGAUGCAUCCUAAACCUAAUGAAGACAGCAUUCUGAGUCUACUGGAGUCCAGGAAGGGAGAACGCGAGGCUCAGGCCUUCGUGAAGAAGCGAAGACACAGAGAGAAACAGUCUCAGGAAGGGGUGGGAGAGAAAUAAAUACAGAAACCAGCUCUUCCUCCAAAAAUAUACAAUUUGUUUUUAAUGAUCUGUACCAAAAACAAAAAAGAUCCACUCAGAUGGAAACACUGGUGUUGGAUGAGUUGUGUGUUGGUUAAUACCAGAGACCAUCACAGUGAUCAUGAACAUUUUCACACCUGCAUUUAAACCUUACAAGCCUUCAUACAUCUGUUUGCUCCCAAUGCUUUGUCUUAUCAGUGCAAAAGAUAAGUAUGACAUAAUUUAACUGUAUAUGACAACAUUUGACAAACUGUGAAAUGUUAGAGAUUACUACACAUGUAAAAAAUUGGCAGAGAAAGUCUGUCACAUGUUCAAAACAUAGCAAAGAGGCUGGUAAAAAAAGACAGAACGUGUAUGUUUGAGUAAAAAUUAAAAUGAUGUAAUUUCAAAAACUACACAA